UUCAAAAGAUCUUGGUGGAGACUUGGGUAGUUCACCAUCUUCCUUUCCGAAGUUACAUGGAAGUUCUUCAGAAAAUAAACUCUGUGCCUUGGUGAGGAGGGGCCCUUUAACGAAACAUGGUGAAUUACUACGAAGUACUGGGGGUGCCUCAGAACACUUCUUCCUCUGACAUUAAGAAGGCCUACUACCAGUUAGCUCUGCAAGUGCACCCAGACAAGAACCCAGAGAACCAGGAGGCAGCUGAGGAGAAGUUCAGACAGGUAGCCGAGGCCUACGCGGUCCUGUCUGAUGCCGAGAAACGCAACAACUACGACAAGUCCAGACGGGGAAACGGAGGAGACGGCAGGGACAAGGACGGCUGGACGGAGGCACUGCGGUUUGAGAGGCCACAUUGCGGCUUCCAAAACGUCUCUGAAGAUGCGGACCCCUUCUCUGGAGACUGGCUCUCCCCUGGCCGUGCGGGCAGGGCCAGGAGAUCCCGCUCCUCCUUCUUUGAUGUGACCCCCAUUCUGGACACAGGAUUUUCCACUUUUGUGUCCCUGGGCUCCGGGCCUAAUUCCCCUUCCUCUGGGACAUUUGUACCCUUCGUAAGCAGUGGAAUGGGAAACUUCAGACUGGUCACCACUUGUAGCCAGAUAGUGAAUGGCAAGCGAGUUGUUAUAAAGAAAGUUCUAGAAAAUGUGAGUGGGGAGACUAAUGUGGAAAAAGCACGCCUAUUUCAUCAGUUUCCCCCACGCCACUGGUAAGGAGCUGCUGCCAUGUUCUUUCACGGGGAGACUCUGACGCGAGGCUGGUGAGACUGGUGCUUAUCAAAGACAGAACUGGAAUCUGAGAGUGUGCUGGACCCGAAUGGACCGGGGUCAGCUCAGUCCCACCUCUCACUGCACAGAGGGAGAGGACCCUGGGCCACGUGCUACACAAGGAACUCAGAAGCAGUAGAGUUUGGCUUCCAGCCUAAGUCUUCUGAUUCUAAUGUGAGCCCUUUUUCCCCCUGCACCUUAUUUGGGAGAGUGGAGACUACCGCCACAAACAGGGCCUUCUGAGAUGUGCGGGCCCUGCCCGCCUACCUCCCACUGAUGCCUCUCUGACUUGUUCCCCGCCCACCUUGCUAUCAUCAUCCA